GCCGCGGCCUGCGAGUGACAGUGAUAUGCCCUGAUAAACGGUCACUCACUGCGUCCUGUCGAUUGAGUGCCGUGCCCGUUCCUCAGCUCGAUGAUUGGGUUUCGUCAACGCAGGUAUUGCCGGCAUGGAAUCGUCGCACUGCGGCGGAUGCCCAGGUCAGGUUGCAGGGUUCUUCUCUUCUCUCUCCCUCCCUCUCUCUCUCUCUCUCUCUCUCUCUCUUCACACGCACAAUGCAGAACCGCAACGCAGAGGCGCAAUGGCGGAGGCAUGGGUCGCACCGUAGCCCGAGCCGCCUUCCGCACCGCGCGUUGGUUGUCCGCGUGUGUUGCCAUUCGCAAAUUUCCUCCUCGUUUUCGAGUGUGUGCAUGCCAUAUCUGCAUCCGUACACAAGUAGCGGCGAGCAAGCGCAAACAUUCGUCGGUCUCGUCUAGAUAUCCCGUCAAUCGCUUUGUUUCAUUUUUACAGCACCAAUCUGGGGAACUGAUAAGUUCGUCACGGCAAAUCCAUCGUGCAUAUCCACCAGUACUGUUUCUCCCUCUUUCUCUCUUAAAGCUCAUUGUCGUAUAAGUCCUCAAUGCUUAUUAUAGCGUUGUCGUUUUAAGCCUUAUUCUUAUUCAUUCGGCUCGAGGGACACUCUGGUAUAAGCGCUACUUUGUAACCAGCUCUCGCUCUAGUUGAGCUAUCCGAAGCUGUUGGCCUUUCAAUACGAAGUUAGAGCCUCCCCUGGGUAAUUUA